AUGAUUAACCGGAGCUCAGGAGCCGACUUCAUCCUGAUGGGCUUCUCUGACCACCCACAGCUUGAGAGGAUCCUCUUUGUGGCGGUGCUGAUCUCCUACCUCCUGACUCUGGUGGGCAACACAGCCAUCAUCUUGGUCUCCUGCGUGGAUUCCGUGCUUCACACACCCAUGUACUAUUUCCUGACCAACCUCUCCUUUGUUGAUAUCUGCUUUUCCACCAGCAUCGUUCCCCAGCUGCUGUGGAAUCUCCAUGGUCCAUCCAAGACCAUCACUCCCAUAGGCUGUGCAAUUCAGCUCUAUGUGUCUCUGGCUCUGGGGUCCACUGAAUGUGUCCUCCUAGCCGUCAUGGCAUUUGAUCGCUAUGCUGCUGUUUGCAGACCACUCCAUUACAACAGGGUUAUGCACUCCCGGCUCUGCCAGUUGCUUGCUGGAGUGGCCUGGCUGAGUGGAGUGGGCAACACAGUGAUUCAGGGCACCAUCACCCUCCGCCUGCCUCGCUGUGGGAACCACAAGAUUUACCACUUCAUUUGUGAGGUUCCUGCUAUGAUCAAGUUGGCCUGUACAGACAUUCACGCCAAUGAGGUCCAGCUCUUUGUGGCAUCCUUGGUGCUGCUGCUCCUCCCCCUGGCUCUCAUCUUGGUUUCAUAUGGGCACAUUGCCCAAGCAGUGAUGAGGAUAAGGUCCACCCAAACCUGGCACAAAGCUCUUGGAACUUGUGGGUCCCACCUGCUGGUGGUAAACCUGUUCUAUGGCACCAUUACCACUGUCUAUAUCCAGCCCAACAGCUCCUAUGCUCACAGUCAAGGGAAGUUCAUCACACUUUUGUACACUGUGGUUACUCCCACUCUAAACCCCCUCAUUUACACCAUGAGAAACAAAGAUGUAAAAGGAGCUUUGAAGAGGCUAGUGGGGAAAAGGAAGCACUUAGGAGAGUGA